GCAGACAGCCAGCACCAGCUCUUCCGAUAUUCACCGUAGAAACCAUGGCAACGCCUUGUGAGGAGGAGGCUUCCCUGUCCGCUUGCGCUGCCUGCAAAGCAGAAGGCAACACAGCCUAUGCCAAUGGGGACCUUGAGACGGCCAGAGAGCACUACGCGGCUGCCUUGGAGCAUUGGGAGGCGGCCCUGCGCCCUGCGCCCAGCGCCCACGAGAUCGGCGCGCGCGUUCGCUACAGCCGGCAUGGCUUUGGUGUCGUGAUGAGUGCCUUUACCAUGUUCGAUGAGUACUUCUUGAAGGAUCUGGGCAACGACCAAGCCAUUUGGGCCGGUGAGCCUGGGGGUGAGCUCAAACGCUCGCCAAUGGGCCUGAACACCUACUACGUAGCACCCCAGGCACUGGUUGGACGUUCCAUACUGCGCACUUGACUUGAAGGAGUACCCG